UGACAUGUGAUGUGAGAUGUCCAGUCAACUGUCAAGAUGGAAAUUGGAUAGGUAACCUAAAAAUAUUUUUGGAUCAACUGGUUUUCAAUAAAAAAGUGGAAACCCACACGGUUUCUUAGAUUUUUUAGUAACAUAAACUGUUUAAGGAAUAUAUAGUGUAAUCUUUAUUGUUGAAUAAAAUGUCCGAAUUAAAUCCUGAAGUACUCGAAGAAAGGACUAACAGUGCCGAAAAACAGGUGAAGGAAAUAGAAGAUGAAUUGGAAAAGCUGACAGAAGGAGACCUCAGUUACAUAGGCGAUCCACGACUCGAUAAACUGCUCUCUGACAACGAGAAAUUAAAACAUCGUCUUGCGAUACUCGAAAAUGCAAUCAAAAAGGAACAAGCCGGAGGCAGCUCAGUAGGGGUAAAGAAAGCGCCCCAAAAGCGACCUACGUUAAUUACUGACAUAAAUUCCGUGGAUGGAACAUUGUGCUUACUAGAUGAACUCAAAAACAUCUUCACUGUCGCCAUAACAUCAGCUUACCCGGACUUAGAAGAUCCACCGAUUCAAAUCAGUCUGUCUGGGAACAAUCCUAAAUUCGGAGACUACCAGUGCAACUCUGCCAUGCAGAUUUCGCAGCUACUUAAAGCUAAGAAUGUUAAAACGAAUCCUAGAGAAGUAGCUAACAAUAUUCUAAACAAAACACCUUCAUCACCACUUGUUACUAAAAUUGAAGUUGCCGGAGCUGGUUUUCUAAACAUUUACUUAAAUAAGGAAUUUGCUGAACAUGUUCUUAAUUGUAUUCUCAGAUUUGGUGUAAAACCUCCGCCUGUGAAAAGGGAACGAAUCAUAGUUGACUUUUCAUCUCCAAAUAUUGCUAAAGAAAUGCAUGUAGGUCACUUAAGGUCCACUAUAAUAGGUGAUAGUAUUUGUAGGCUUUUGGAGUUUUUGAAUCAUGAUGUACUCCGAAUAAAUCAUCUCGGAGACUGGGGCACACAGUUUGGUAUGUUAAUUGCUCAUUUGCAAGACAUGUACCCAGAUUUUAAAACCCAUUCUCCACCUAUAGCAGACUUGCAAGCAUUUUACAAGGAGUCUAAGAAAAGAUUUGAUGAAGAUGAGGAGUUCAAAAAGAGGGCUUACGCCUGCGUGGUUCAGCUGCAAUCAGGACAACCUGACUAUAUUGCUGCUUGGAAGUUAAUUUGUAAUGUAUCACUCCAGGACUUUCAAAAGAUUUAUGAUCGCUUAAACAUCAAAAUCACCCCUAGAGGAGAGUCUUUCUAUCACAGCCGGAUGAAUACAGAUGUUAAAGAAUUGAAAGAAAAAGGAUAUUUGGAAGAAGACGAAGGAAGGUUAAUCAUGUGGCCGAAUCCUGAUAAUCAUGAUGGUAUUCCGUUAACAAUAGUUAAAUCUGAUGGUGGUUAUACUUAUGACACCUCAGACAUGUCAGCGAUAAAACAGAGGGUACAAGAAGAAAAAGCUGAUAGGUUUAUUUAUGUAACAGAUGUUGGUCAAUAUACCCAUUUCAUGCUUAUAGAUGGCUGUGCUCGGAGGGCUGGGAUCUUGACUAAUGAUAAAAAAUUAGAACAUGUAGGUUUUGGAGUGGUACUUGGUGAAGAUAAAAAGAAAUUUAAGACAAGGUCUGGUGAUACAGUCAAGUUGCGGGAUUUGCUUGAUGAAGGAUUAAAGAGGGCACUAGACAAGUUAAUAGAAAAAGGUAGGGAUAAGGUCUUAAGUCCUGAGGAAUUGAAGCAGGCGCAAGAGGCGGUUGCUUAUGGUUGCAUCAAGUAUGCAGAUCUCUCUCACAAUAGAAUUAAUGAUUACGUCUUCUCCUUUGAUAAAAUGUUAGAUGAUAAGGGUAAUACAGCAGUUUAUUUACUGUAUUCUUUGACUCGAAUUAGGUCUAUUGCCCGAACUGCUCAAAUAUCGAUUGAACAACUAAUGGAGGAAGCUCAGAAAUCUGGUAUUAAGCUGACUGAUGAAACUGAAUGGAAACUUGGCAAAGUUCUUCUUAGGUUCCCAGAAGUUAUUCUCAAAGUUUCGAAAGACCUUUACAUUCACAGUUUAUGUGAGUAUUUGUAUGAAAUAUGCUCUGCAUUUACAGAUUUUUAUGACAAAUGCUACUGUGUCGAAAAAGAUAAAAGCGGCAAAAUUGUGAAGGUAUUUUACGAAAGGCUGAUGCUGUGUGAAGUUACCGCAAAAGUUAUGCAGAAAUGUCUUGACAUUUUAGGCCUUACUACAGUAUCUAAGAUGUAAUAUAUGCAUAUGCAUCACAGUAAAUAAUUUACUUUUUAUAUAAUAUUUAUUGUUAUAAGAAAACAUUUUCUUAAAUAAAACAGUUUGGAUGUAGUAAAAUGUUUAUUUAUCCCCAAAAACCUCUACAAAACUAUACCAGGGUCAAUCAUUAUUUUUAUCAAAGUUAACAUUUUACGAAAUAACUUUUAAAAUUACAAUGAAAUUAUUAUUAUUAACAAUCACUGGGCUAUGUAUUACAAUGACUUAAAGUUAAUUUCUGAAUACAGAUAGUAAAUUGAUUUCUAGAGCAACUAAACAAGUUUAUGGAAUAAUUUACUUUGGACAUUUAAGUUAAUAGUAGAAAAUGCUGUUUAUAUAUUUUUGUAAUUCUGGAAUGAAUAGAGCAACACUGAAACUCUAAAAUUGAAAAGCACCACAAGUAUUGAGUAAUAAGUUUUUUAAAGUUAUCUUAAUGGUGCCUUCAAAGUUUAAGAAGCAUUUCAGAGAUUGGGCCACUGAAAUGGACUUAUACAAGAACACUGGAAGAGGUGUGCUAUCAGCGCCAAAAUGCCGAAAAUAAAGUUGCUUCAAAAACAGAUCGGCAAUUGCAGGUCCAGCGUACUUGUAUUAGUAGAAGUCAGUGGAUUACAUUUUAAACAGCAAAUCCUCGAUGUAUAUAGACUUGAAUUACAAAGUCAUUAAGAUCUAAAUAUAAAA